AUGGUCGAGUCAACACAUCUGUACGAUAUACUCGGCGUGGCGCCGGACGCGUCGUCCGCAGAUAUCAAAAAGGCCUACCGCAAACAGUCGCUUGCCAACCAUCCAGACAAGAACCCGGAGAUCGACCCGGCAGUAGCCAACGAAAAGUUUGCCGAGAUCAAUCACGCCUACGAGACGCUUUCCGAUCCAGAUUCACGUGCUGCAUACGACAGAUAUGGCGAUGAUGGUCCAGGUGGGCCAGGUGGUCCAGGAGGCAUGCCACCAGACAUGGACGACUUCCUAGCGAGCAUGUUUGGCGGCGGUAUGGGAAUGGGCGGCAUGCCGGGCAUGAGUGGUAUGCCUCGUGGUCGACGACCCCGUCGGACAAAGGGCGAGGAUGCAGUGAUUGAGUACGCUGUUACCCUGGCUGACCUGUACAAGGGCAAAACAGCUCAUUUCAACCUCACCAAGAACGUCAUCUGCACUCAUUGCCAGGGCUCAGGUGCCAAGCCCGGCCUUGUUGAGAAGGAGUGCGUCAAAUGCUCCGGAAAAGGCUCAGUACUUCAACAGCGCAGUAUGGGCAACGGCAUGAUUGCGCAAUCUUACGUCGAGUGCACCGACUGUCACGGCGAGGGCAAAAAGGUGCGCGACAAGGAUCGUUGCAAAAAGUGCAAAGGUGAAAAGACCACAAAAGCAAAAGCAAAGCUUGAUGUCGAAAUCGAAAAAGGAAUGGUUGACGGCCAGCAGAUCGUAUUCAAAGAAGCGGCAGACCAAGAACCAGGCGUCAAAGCUGGCGAUAUCUUGAUCGAGCUCAAGAUGCAGAAGGAUAAAGCUUUCGAGGUAAAAGGACUCGAUCUCAUGACAACGGUGCGCCUGACUCUUGUCGAAGCUUUGCUUGGCUUCUCACGGACGGUGUUGACACAUUUGGACGGCAGACAUCUUAAGGUAUUGCGCUCAAAGAUCACCAGGCCAGGAGACGUUGACGUGAUCAAGGGCGAGGGUAUGCCCCAGUAUCGUGAUCGCAAUCAAACCAAGGGAGACCUCUACAUUCGAUGGGAGGUUGAUUUUCCCACCGACGCACAGCUCGCCUCCGACCCGGCGAUCCGACAAGCAUUGCAAUCUGCGCUGCCGCCUGCCAGACCGGAUCUCGAGACGACAUCAGAGACGAUCGAAGACCAGUGCGAGCCCGUCCCAGCCAAAGUGGAGCAAUUUGGUAGCAACCAAGCCCGCAUCCCAGGGCAAGGGCACAUGAACGACGAUGGCUGGGAAGAUCACGACGAGAUGGGUGGUGGACAGGGUCCUGGCAUGCAGUGUGCUCCGCAAUAG